AUGGCUGCAGAGGUGAAGACCCAAUUGUCUGAACAACCACUGAUGAGUCCAAAGGCUGAGCCGAAGGCUGAGAAGUCAGAGCACAGGCCAGGAAGCCACGAGGUCAACAGGCCACAGAAAGAACUGAUUGUCCCAGGGAUCGUGGAUUUCAAGGUGAUCCGAGAUGAACUGAGGGCCCCCGAGCCCCCAACCCCUGGCACCUACCGCUUCGGCCGCCUUAGCCACCACUCCUUCUUCUCCCGGCAUCACCCCCAUCCCCAGCAAGUGACUCACAUCCAAGAUCUCACCGGGAAAUCCAUCUGUGUCGUCAGGGACAAGUUCUCUCUGACUCCCUUGCCUCAAACUGAACUACUGUCCCACUGUCUGAUGGGGAUGCCCAUCACCUCUGCCCCUGUUGGAGACCCGAAGUCCAAUCGGAACCCUCAGCUUCCUUCUGAGGCCUGGAAGAAGGAGUUGAAGGACCUGGCUGCCCAGGUGGUCGCCUUUACCAGGGAGAAUGAGCUGAAGAACAAAGAGGAGGAGGCACCUCAGCGGGAACAGGGUGCAAAGUACUCGGCAGAGACUGGGAGGCUCAUCCCUGCUUCCUCCAGAGCCCUCAGCCACAGCCACUCCCGCCAAGGCCGAGGGAACUGCCCUUCAGGCAGAAAUGCAGGAGUCCAGACCUGUGUCCUGCAGGAUCAGGAGCUGCUGAUCUUGGAGCUCCUUUGUCAGAUUCUGCAAACAGAUUCCUUGAGUGCUAUCCAGUUCUGGCUAGUCUACGCUCCUCCCAAGGAAAAGGACUUGGCACUGAGGCUCCUGCAGACAGCAGUGGCUCAGCUCCUUCCCAAGGCUUUAGUCUCCAUCCCAACAGAAAAACUCCUGAACCAGCUCCAAAAAGUUCAAGAAUCACCUCAAGAGAGGCAAGAGCCAUCCGGCAGCCUAUCACCAAAGAAACUGAAGACACCACCUCUACCAAAAAGCGAAAAACCGGAGUACAUCGGGAAAGCGCAGGUUCUCCGGGUGCAUUCAAGCCAGAGCUCAGAGGAGACAGCGUCAGAGCCAAAGGCAGAGUGGCGAGGAGCCUGAGCCGCCCUGCUCG